AUGAUUUCGCCCAAGGUCAUGAGUGAGCUGCAUCAGGCCAAGCUCGUGCCCACGCAAUUCACAGUGCCCAAGCCGGGUGAGCACGCGUGGUCGCCUGCUGAGCAGCGUCGAUUCUGGGAGGCCAUCCAGCGCUUUCCGCAGGGCCCCUGGACGGCCAUUGCCGCCUACGUGGGCUCCAAGUCUACCCGCCAAGCUAUGACCCACGCGCAGAAGCUUCGGCAAAAGCUCAGUCGAUGGAAACGUCGCGUACGUAGUGACUCGGUCAGCUCAGCGUGUAGUACGGGCUCCAACUCGAGUUCAUCGGCCACAGUGACUACCCCGGUUGACGGAUCUCAGUCGCCGCCAAUGUCACCGACGAAAUACGGCGAUAUUGGCAAGCUCAGUGUCAUGGAUCAUAUUGAGGAGGAGGAUGAAAAGAAGAGUGUGGAGGAUGACUGCGAACCGAUGGACAUCAAACCAGGGUUCAAAAGCGAAGUACAGCGGCUUGACGAUCAUGAGCAGGUGCACGAUGCACACGACGACCGCUACUUGGAGCAUCUGCUGACCGAUAUUGAGCCGGUAUUGGAACACGUCGCGCAUUUUACAAACGGUUCGCAUGGUCACAAUACGGAAGAGGCAACACGGCCAGUGGCGACGACUGACUACACCAGCGAGCAGGCAGUGUAUUUUACGCAUCAUGGUGACAUGGCUGCUUCGGAGCACAAGACCAUGGAGCACUCUGAAGCUGAAUUAGUUAAUAGUUAG